AUGCGGGACACAGGAGGCAAGACAGGGGGCAAACUCGGCGGCGGCGGCGCUGCUGCUGGCGGCAAAGCACGCAAGAAACGAGAGAAGGGCGGGACGCGCAAGUUUGUGACGUCGCUCGAGGAAAUGACGCUGCGGGACGAGCAGGAAGAGCAGAAACAGAGCGUGCGUAAGGCUCGUCGGGACGAUGGCGGGGACGGCAGCGACGACUCGGAGGAGGAGAGCGGCGACUCGGACGAGGAAGAAGACGAGAAGCUCGUGGCGUUUGAGCGCGUGCAGAGCAACUCACUGUUUGGGUUUUCCACCAAAGCAGACGGUCCUGUCAUGCCGCAGCAGGAGAAGAAAGUAGGGUUUGCUGCUAUUGCUAAGAAGCAGAACCCGAAUAGUAGUAAACCCAGCAGCAAGGUCAUGAAGGCCAAGGACAUGGACGCAACUUCGGCUCCUCAGCAGUUGAGUCGACGGGAACGGGAAGCUAUUGAGAAGGAGCGGGCGGAAGCGUAUUAUUUAAAAAAGCACUUGGCUGGAGAGACGGACGAAGCGAAGAAAGACUUGGCGCGAUUGGCAGAGGUCAAGCGCCGUCGGGAGGAGGCCGAGCAGCGCAAGCAGGACGAGGAGGCUGCUGCUGCGGAACGCUCGAAAGGCAAGAAGACAGUGCAAGUCCAGGACAACGAUGAGCCUCUGGAUGCGCGCGCGAUCAAGGCACUCAAGCCGGCGGCGCUCAAGGAGAAACUGAAAGAGCGCGAUCUUUCGACGCAAGGACAGAAGAAAGAGCUCGUCCAGCGUCUACUCGACUAUGAGAAUGAGCGGGCUAUCUAG